GAGCAAACAAGCGGUUUUCAACAAAGGUCGUCCAACCUUUAGCCAAUUUGGCUGACAUGGAUGUCAUCAUCAAUCAAGGUGCGUCCACGCUGGUCCCAGCAGGUGCACCUGUCAGCCCAGCUUGUCCGUGGCUGGGUGGAGUCUCUCCCCAGCGAGUGGUUCUACCGGUUCCACCUGUCAGCUGACGAGGGAUGGGCAGGACACACUCUGCCCCCUCACAACCGCCGCCAGCCCGCAAUAAAGAAGGAAGUGUAUGGAUGCGGUCGGACCGGUUCUCUCUUCCGCCUCAGCACUGCCCUGGCGUGGAGGGGGAGCGACGAGGGGACUGGAUGUAUUUUCUACUCUCUCCGGGGGGCUUCUAAUGUCUAGCAGCGCCACAUCGGGAAGGGAGCCUGAGCGAGCCAUUGCAGCAUGGGGUCGGACGACACGUACAAUUUUGUCUUUAAAGUGGUUUUGAUCGGGGAGUCCGGCGUGGGCAAGAGCAACCUCCUGACGCGCUUCACCAAGAACGAGUUCAACCACGACAGCCGCACCACCAUCGGCGUGGAGUUCAGCACACGCACCGUCCAGCUGGACAACUGCACCAUCAAGAUGCAAGUGUGGGACACGGCGGGCCUGGAGCGCUACCGGGCCAUUACCUCAGCCUACUACCGCGGCGCGGUGGGCGCCCUGCUGGUGUACGACAUCAGCAAGCACCUGACCUACGAGAGCGCCGAGCGCUGGCUCAAAGAGCUGUACGACCACGCCGACCCCCACAUCGUGGUCAUGCUGGUGGGCAACAAGAGGGACCUGGACAACCUGCGGACCGUGCCCGCCGAGGAGGCCAGGACCUUCGCAGAGAGCAAGGGUCUGCUGUUCAUGGAGACGUCGGCGUUGGACUCCACCAACGUGGAGGCGGCCUUCAUCGACGUCCUGACGGAGAUCCAUCGCAAGGUGGCCAGCAGAGAGGUGACGCGGGGCUCCAUCAGCGCCGUCACGCUGUCGGGGGUGAGCCGAGACAACGGCGAGACCCAGGAGGAGCAAAGGCGAUGCUGUAAUAGCUCGUGAAAACAAACAAUAAGAAAACACACAACCGUACCGUCUUAGUCUUUGGCCGCUGACAUUUAGUUUUCAAUGACGACUCAAAACACACGUGUCGCAAAUCGUCUUUCUGCAUUGAAAUGAAUGAAAACGCCGUUAAUCCUUUUCAGUGUCCCAAAAACAGCCACCCAAAUUUUUGUAACAUGUUUUCAAAUUGAAAAAUAGCACUCCGCAGUAUUCUACCUACAAACAUACGGUAGUGAUAUAAGUGUAAAGAAUUCAACACUUUAUGCAUCGCGAUUAUUCAACGGGCAUUGUGCCAUUGUGCGGCUCCUUCUGGUGUGUGCGCUUUGGCCACCAGGGGGCAGUAUAUGCUAUGCACAUCUAUGCCCGUGAGUAUUGUAUGCUCUGUCUGCCAGUGUUCAAAUCAAAGUUGUUUAAAGGUUUACAAGUACAGCAAUAUCAAUGCUAGUUUCAUUAGCCCGUCGAGGGUGUUUCCCAUUAUGUAUUAGCAUUCAGCUAGCCAGCUAAAGGCAAAGUUAAGUGAUUUGGUUAAAUACGUGUAAAUUGUCUUGCUAGCCAGCUGACGUUUUACAGUAAACCUUUACUGGGAGUGCCGUUCGUUGUGAAGUUCUCACAUUUUUGCUCCCAACUCAAGACCCAAAAACUGCGACGGUUCGUAUCGCGAAAAUCUCCGAAGUCUGAUCACUCGUAAGUAGAGGUAUCACGGAAAUGAAGCUUUCAUUGUAAAGUUGAGUCGCUGUUGGAAAAGAAAGCACUGACAAUAAUUUGAAAUAAAUUAUUUAAGCUCAAACAGAGAUUCUUUUUUUAUUAUUAUUAUUAUUAUCAUUCAACCCCCCACCCAAGUCAAAAUGUACAAUAAUAUUCAAUCAUUUAGCAGGGACAAAGGAAGUGAAAAAUCGAAUAAAUGUUAAACUGCGCUUAAUGUAACAUGAAUGUACACCCAUUAUUGUUAAUUUGAAUUAUUAGUCACUGGCUGUAAUUAACACUAAUCAUAAUUAUCAUCGGUGUUCUUUCCAAAGUGGAAUGUCGCUUUGUAAACCACAUUUCUAACGCGUCACAUUUUUUUCUUUUUUCCUGAAAAAUACUUUUGUCUCAAAACCUUACGAUUUUUCUCUCUCGAAAUUACAAAUAAAAUCUUGAGCCAUUA